AUGCCUGGCACCAUUUUGAAGCGAAAAGUCGGCGAGGCGACCUUCUCCGCCAUUGGCUAUGGCGCGAUGGGAUUAGCUGUAGGCUAUGGGCACCCCCUGCCCCUCGAGGAGGCUCUUAAGGUUCUCGAUGGCGUGUACGCGAGUGGGAUAACACACUGGGAUACUGCGGAUGCUUAUGGAGACAACGAAUACGUUAUCGGACAGUGGUUCAAGCAUACGGGAAAGCGAAAUGAGAUCUUCCUAGCUACCAAGUUCGGCUUGGGUCACUACUGGGAGGGCGACGAGACUCGUACCAUCAACGGCGACCCUGACUACGUCCCGAAGGCAGUCCAGAGGUCCUUGGAACAGCUCGGCGUGGAAUACGUCGAUCUGUUGUACUUGCACAGGGCCGAUGCUAGCGUACCAAUCGAACUGUCUGUCAAGGCGAUGGCAGAGCAGGUGAAAGCAGGCAAGGCGAAAUACCUCGGUCUCUCCGAGGUCAGCGCGGACACUCUCCGUCGUGCGCACGCCGUACACCCUAUUGCGGCCGUCCAAGUCGAGUACUCGCCCUUCACGACCGAUAUCGAGGAUGAGAAGAUCGGUCUUUUGAAGGCUGCCCGCGAGCUCGGGGUCAAGAUCGUGGCCUACGGAGCCCUCGGACGCGGACUUCUCACUGGCAAAUAUAGAGAUCCUGAGCAGUUCCCUCCAAACGACUUCCGUAGGCUGAUCCCGCGGUUCUCGAAGGAGAACUUCCCGAACAUUCUCAAGAUUGCAGAGGGCCUCAAGAAAGUCGGAGAGAAGUACGGCGCUUCAUCUGGCCAGGUCGCUCUUGCUUGGGUACUCGCACAAGGAGAGGACGUCAUCCCUAUCGUUGGCACGACAAAACUCGACAACUUGAAGGAGAACCUGGGCGCACAUGAUGUAAAGCUGAGCCCCGAAGACGUCGCGGAAGUGCGCCGCCUUGCGGACGAGGCGUCGAUUCCUGGCGACCGGUACCCCGCAUUCCUGUUACAGACGCUCUUCGUCGAUACUCCUGCUCUUCAACAAUGA